AUGAGCUCCGUCGUCUAUCUCAUGAUCCGUGAUGAUUUCUCCGUCCUAUCUUUUGGAUUUGCCGACCAAAAUGUGAUUUUAUGGUCGCCUGUGAAGUUUGGUGGACUUCGGUUGUGGGGUUAUAGCAUGGCUAUGCCGCUAAACUUCGAGUACAUACUAACAUGGUGGUGCGUUCGUGUGGGUACUCUUCCGAGGCAAGGGAAGCUCUGCCGCAGAACCGAUGGUAUGAGGCAUAGUGGUGCGUAA